UUCGUUUGGGUAAUGACAGUGACCCCGAAUUCAUCAGGCUGUGGUUCUCUGUGAAGAUGAUUCCUCUUUUGCCUUAUGUCAAUGGAAACUUCCUAAACCAGCUCAGCAAGUGGAACUUCAGCUGCACCUCUUUCCAAGAGAUCAUUCAGGCAUUUGGAAGCCAAAAGGCAUCCAUGGACAGAGACACACAGCAAGCAGUCUUCACUCACUUCAUCAAACCGUUCUUGUCAAGAAAUGACUCAACAGAUCCUGGCUGUGUCUCAUCUAUCACGGGGAGCCAAGCGUGGCUAAAGGCAAACCUUGGCGACUUCUCUGAUUUUGCAACUGUGCAGGACUUGCAAGCCUUCAAUCCUAAUUUGUCCACUGCUGAAUUGUUGUCAGUCCUCAGUCCUUCUCAGAUGGCACAGCUGGUACUGAGUUUGGGAGCCUCCAAUAACACAGAUUUGAUUGAUCGUGUGUUUGAGCGACUGCAAGAGGGCAACGCUCUAAAAAAUGUGGAUGGAUUCCUCACACAACUGACAGCCAAUGGACAGAUGCCAAUUUUCCAGCCUGUUGUGAGAGAUCGGAUCAUGAAUGCGACCUUCAUCGUCAUCAGUCCACAUUUCUCCACUUUCACGACAAACGACUAUGAACUUUGGUUCCAUGUGAAACUGAUUCCUAUCCUUGCCAGUUUUACUCCAGAAAUGCUGAUAAACACAACCACAACAAUCAGCUGCACAAACUACCAAGUCAUUGUGAGUGGGUUGGCUUUAGUUAUCCAGGAGAUGCCACUGUACAGACGGCAAGAGAUCACACAUGGUCUGCUGGGCUACCUAAGAAAUGCUGAAAAUGCCAUCAAUGAGCCAGCUUGCAGGCAACAAAAUGAGAGUGAUGCCCAAUGGGUUAAAGCAAAUCUGGGUCCAUUCGUCCAAUAUACAGCGUACUCUGACCUCAAAGACUUCAACAUCUCUACGGCUGGAUUGUUGUCAACGCUCAAUCCCUCUGAGGUGGCACAGCUGCUACUGAGCUCUGGAGCCUCAAAUAACACAGAUUUUAUUGAUCUUGUGCUUAAACAACUUGAACAGGGCAAUGUUCUAAAAAAUGUGGAUGAAUUCCUGACACAGCUGACAGCCAAUGGACAGACCCCACAUUUCCAGCCUGUUGUGAGAGAUCGGAUCAUGAAUGCGACCUUCAUCGUCAUCAGUCCACAUUUCUCCACUUUCACGACAAACGACUAUGAACUUUGGUUCCAUGUGAAACUGAUUCCUAUCCUUGCCAGUUUUACUCCAGAAAUGCUCAUAAACACAACCACAAACAUCAGCUGCAUGAAUUACCAAGUCAUUGUGAGUGGGUUGGCUUCAGUUAUCCAGGAGAUGCCACUGUACAGACGGCAAGAGAUCACACAUGGUCUGCUGGGCUACCUAAGAAAUGCUGAAAAUGCCAUCAAUGAGCCAGCUUGCAGGCAACAAAAUGAGAGUGAUGCCCAAUGGGUUAAAGCAAAUCUGGGUCCAUUCGUCCAAUAUACAUCAUACUCUGACCUCAAAGACUUCAACAUCUCUACGGCUGGAUUGUUGUCAACGCUCAAUCCCUCUGAGGUGGCACAGCUGCUACUGAGCUCUGGAGCCUCAAAUAACACAGAUUUUAUUGAUCUUGUGUUUGAAAAACUUGAAGAGGGCAAUGUUCUAAAAAAUGUGGAUGAAUUCCUGACACAGCUGACAGCCAAUGGACAGAGCCCACAUUUCCAGCCUGUUGUGAGAGAUCGGAUCAUGAAUGCGACCUUCAUCGUCAUCAGUCCACAUUUCUCCACUUUCACGACAAACGACUAUGAACUUUGGUUCCAUGUGAAACUGAUUCCUAUCCUUGCCAGUUUUACUCCAGAAAUGCUCAUAAACACAACCACAAACAUCAGCUGCAUGAAUUACCAAGUCAUUGUGAGUGGGUUGGCUUCAGUUAUCCAGGAGAUGCCACUGUACAGACGGCAAGAGAUCACACAUGGUCUGCUGGGCUACCUAAGAAAUGCUGAAAAUGCCAUCAAUGAGCCAGCUUGCAGGCAACAAAAUGAGAGUGAUGCCCAAUGGGUUAAAGCAAAUCUGGGUCCAUUUGUCCAAUAUACAUCAUACUCUGACCUCAAAGACUUCAACAUCUCCAUGGUGAAUAUAGCAGAUCUGCUCACUUUUAGUCAGGUGGUCAACCUUGCAGCAACUCCUUCCCAGCUAAAGAGCAAGGAAGAUGUUAUGAACGUCAUGGCAGUCAUCAAUCCUUUUGACUUUGGCGCUUUCUUUGAUGAAGUCUCACCAGCUAUUAAGGUCCACUCAGCUAACUACUCACAGGAAGUGAAGUCUGCAUUCCUUGAAGCAGUUUUCAACAGAGGGAAUCUGUCAUCUCCAACUGUCAGUGAUGGAGACUUCCUGCUAUGGCUCAGAGUUCGCCUGAGUCCUCUCCUGACCAACCUCUCUUCCAGCCUGGUGACACCCUUAUUCAGCAUCGGGAUAAAAAGGAGUUGUAACAGCAGCCAAGAGAUGUUUGCAUUGCUGGACACAUUGACCACAACACUCAGCAGCAGCACCCAAAGCGAGAUCUACAAAAACAUCAUUGUCUUCCUUCAAGGUCCACCACCACUCAAGUGUUACGGUGGUGGAAGCUUCUAUGUCUAUCUGAGGAACACUUUCCUCAGCUUUGGUUUUCCAGAUUUGUCCACGUUAGUGUCACUUCUGCCACCAAUGCGCAAAUCAGAGCUUCUGGAUACCAUCAGCACCUCAGAGCUUGGCCAGUUCCUUAGUCAGCCCAAUGUGAUUGGUAACAGUACUGACAUCUGUGUCAUCUUCAACAACUACAACAACACUUCUGCCUUCCUUGAGACUGAGGAUGUUCAAGACAAUGUAAAGAAGGUGAUCCUCCCCUGUAUUUGGCCUUCUGCGCUGAAUAGCAGGAGCAGAGCUGAGGCUAAUUUAUGGUUUGACCUACGACUGAGGAACUAUCUUAGAUUCCUCAGCAAGAGCCUCAUCAGCCCCGACGAAGUGCAGAACGCCUCAUGUUUUGCCUUCCAGAAACUGGUCUAUGUGAUGGGAAAUAACUUCGCAUACAACAGCUCUGAGUUUGAACAGCAGUACGUUUAUACCACCAUCAAGACCUACUUGAGUGCUGGUUCUGGAGCCAGAUGCUACAAUGCCAGUGAUGCAGAACUGAACUCUACUGCCUGGUUUGUCAGUAACAUCGGGAACUUUGUGACAUUUAUCACUCUGGAUGACCUCACCACCUUUGUCUCCACCGCUCAGUUUCAAGUGUUCUUGAAGAACCAAGCCAACCUGGAACUCUUCAACAAUAACGCAAUCCCAGCAAAUGUAACCAACUACUAUGUCACACAGCUUUUUGCAUUCGAUCCGAACUUCAAGCCGGUCAAUCUCCCAGGCUUUUUCCUGUGCUCUUCUGCGGUGCCACCUUUGGCAUAUACUACUAUGACUGAAGCUGAAACCAUGGUUAUCUUAGACAAUCUGAAGACUUUCUGCAAUGGCACCCAGGACCCUGAGGUUUCUGCUGCUUUGGCAUCCAACAUCAAGACAAUUACACCACAGAUAUUUACAGCUCUUGGAAGCUCCAGCGCAGGGCUGAGUAACAGCCAGAUCAGUUCAGUUCCCUCAUCAGUGCUCAUCUCUUCUUUGUCCACCCUGGGCUCAAUCAGUACCUGGAGCCAGGAUCAGGCCUCAAUAAUCAUCCAAACCCUUACUGCCUCAGGCUUCCAGAUCAACAGCGAAUCUUCCCUGGCAUCCCUUGGCACGCUUGUUAUUGGACUUCCUUCAGAAGCAAUAGAAAACACCAGCGCUUCUGUGCUACUCAGCGUCUCAAAGAGCACCACCUUCGUUUCCAACAUGCUGGCAGCCCCAAGUGUUGUCCAAAUGACCUUCGUCAAAAAGAUCAUUUCUCUGGACACAAAUCCAUCACAAGUGGUGCUGAAUGUGCCAGAUGCUAUGGCAGUUGAGAUCCCACCAUCCCUGUUGGUGUUUUCUGACCAAUCUGCAGACAUCACCGUGCUCAAUAGAAAAACCUGGACACCAGAUCAGGCUGCCAUCUUUUUUGGGGUCCUUGACAACACAAACUUUGACAUUGAGCAGCUUUCUCCCUCAGUGCUGCAAGGCUUCACUUGCACUUCUGCCCAGAAAAUGAUACAAUUCAGGACCAAGGAGCUAAUCAGGGCCUGUAGGCCCCGGUCAGGCCGAGCCAAAGUGCAGUUAAAGGAAUCCCAGCUAACCUGCAUGCUCAACUUGCUGAGUGGAGAAAUCUCACAAAACUUUACAGAUUAUCCAUCAGACAUGCUUCUCUACUUAAGCAGCAAAAAUGUUAACAAAGGCAACUGCAGGUCAUACUUUUCUGCACUGGGUGCGGCAGACUUCUCUGUGGCCUCCAAAAUCUUGAAUAAGGGCUCGCAGCUGUUCCGUGAAGCCACUGUGUGCUUGGGUAUAAAUGGCUUGAGCCUGAGCAGAGAGAAUAUAGAGAUCUUGGGGAACAUGGCUUGCACUCUGGAUGGGUCUUACAUACAGAACGCAGAUCCUCUCAUCCUGGAGAAACUUAAAGCCUGCAAUGACUUCUCUGCCAGCCAGGUGGCAGCCAUGGAGACAUUGCUGCUGUCUGGAACAACACAAUAUGGAAAUGCCGCUUCCUGGAACAAGCAAACACUGGAGAACCUCGUACCCCUUCCACUCUACUUCACAAGAAAUAUCUGGAACCGGUUCGAUUCUACAACAAAGAAAAUGUUCCUGAAGACCUUCAUGCCCAAACUGAGGAAAGCAAACACAGAGAAAAGCAAGCUCAAGACGCUGUUCCAAGCGAUCAGCGGCCGGACAACAAAACGAGGAGCAGGUUGUACCACGGGCAACAUCACCCAGGUGAUAGUUAGCGACUCCGCCUUCCCCUUUGGCUAUGAUCUCACGCAGUUUGACCUCUGCCUGGAUGUUCCCGUUCUGAAAGAAAACCUCAACUCCAUCUGCAACAAAGUGGAUGAUAAUGGUUUCCAGACUGUCAUCCUAAAGAAACUCAAUGAGGCAUUCCCGUCAGGGAUUCCUGAUCAGGAUGUCCAGUUGCUUGGAUCAGUGUCUCGUGUGGCAUCACUUGACGAUAUAUCCAAGUGGAACAUAACCAAAAUUGACACCCUUGCAGCUCUAAUGAAAGCUGAAGAUGGACCCUGGGAGGCAGCAAAGAGCAACAAAAUCAUCACUCAGUAUCUGAGCACUUCUGGAAACUCGCUGGGCAGCACUGAGCUGACCAUUAUUGACUCCAACUUGUGCUCACUAAACACCAGUACACUGCAGACCAUCAGCCCAGACAGCAUCAGAAAUGCCAGCCCUCUGAAUGUGUCAUCAUGUUCAGCUGAGCAGAAGCAAGUCCUGUAUGGCAUCAGUACCACUUCCUUCAGCUCACAACGGUCCAGCUCCAGUAUCAUUUACCAGUUGAUUAAGCCCUAUCUAGGUGGAGCACCUCUGCAGGAUAUAGUAACACUGUCAACACAAAACAUCAGCAUGGACAUAAGCACUUUCAGCAGUCUGGACCCUGCUGUUAUAGCUAAUUUGACUGUGAGCAACGUUAAAGGCCUCGUGGGUAUGCACCUACCUGAUCUGAAGCUGUUUGAGAAUGAUACUGUAGUUCAGACCUGGAUCAACCUGCAGCUGCAGUCAGAGCUGGACACACUGAAUCUGGGUCUGAUCAGCAACAGAAUCAGCCCAACUCCAGGCUCCAACAGCACCACCACUGCACCAGGCUCCAACAGCACCACCACUGCACCAGGCUCCAACAGCACCACCACUGCACCAGGCUCCAACAGCACCACCAUUGCACCAGGCUCCAACAGCACCACCACUGCACCAGGCUCCAACAGCACCACCAUUGCACCAGGCUCCAACAGCACCACCACUGCACCAGGGUCCAAACAGCACCACCAUUGCACCAGGCUCCAACAGCACCACCACUGCACCAGGCUCCAACAGCACCACCAUUGCACCAGGCUCCAACAGCACCACCACUGCACCAGGCUCCAACAGCACCACCAUUGCACCAGGGUCCAACAGCACCACCAUUGCACCAGGCUCCAACAGCACCACCACUGCACCAGGCUCCAACAGCACCACCACUGCCUCUCUAACCAAUGGGGAAGUGAAGCUUGGAAAAUCCCAGACAACUAUGAUGCUGGGUGCUCUGCUAACAGCUGUACUACAAAUGCUACUACAACCAGCCUAAAAACAUACCUAGCUUUCACAUUCUUAUAAUAAUCAAUAAUCAUGAAUCAGUGAUUUUUUUUAAAUGUAGCUUGAGGGUGAAUAUUUUAUUUAUUUGUUUAAUUUAAUUCAAAUUACCGUUCAAAUGUUUAAUUUCUGCUUCAUCCAUAUGUCAAAUAAUUUAACUGAUAUGUAAUCAAAACUAUGAUGUAAUCUUUAUUUUUUAAUAUAUUUUAAUAGUACUCUGGAAUUUUAAAAUGAAGAACUUCUAAUAAAUUCUAAUAAUCAUUGGCAAAUCUUUCUUAAAACUAAAUUACAUUAUAAUUUGAACCAAGAAAUUUUCUGUUCUGUCAUUAUUUCAACUGUAUUGCUAUUGAUAAAAUCAAUAAAAACAUGGAAAUAAAUAUCUGACGCCUAUGUCUCUGCCUGUUGAACAAUCAGAACGAUCAGGCAUCAUAUUUUUGAAUAGUUUCUCGCUCUGUUGUAAAUUCAAAACUUUAAACUCAAGCUUAAGAAUGAAAGGUUUAGG